GUGCUAAGCACCUGCGUUACUGCCAACCAAAGAGACGGCAAGCAAAUCAGGCUGCGACACCCACAAUCAGAGAGGUCUAGCUCAAGCUCAACUGCUCGAGCAGAGUGAACCGAGACUCGAGGCGACUAAUCAAACAAUUUCCCUCGCUAUUAGUCACUGACAGCCGACUAAACUAAGAUAGGAUGAUGGGCAAUCGACGACCGAUCCGUCCCCCUCCUCUCUCGAUCCUGAUCUUGGAAUCGGGAGCCCAUCCCACCCCCAAAUUAAUUUGACCUACAGCUCACGCCUUAGCUAGCUCCCCCAGCUUCCCGGAUGCUUCCUUCGAUCUCCUCUAGCUUUCUCGCUCGCCUCUCCUCUCCUGUUCUGCUGUUCUUGGUGUGGAGACACGGCUAGGCGUCCAUGGCGACGAGCUGGGAGUGAUUCCCCCUGCUUGAUUUGAUUGGAUUUCAGAGGCGCCAUCUCUUUUCCUAAUAAAGAUCACGCGAGAUUAUUCAGAAGCUUGCAAUGGAUCGCGACCAGAUGACGAACACGAUGCGCGAUCAGGCUGCGAACCUGACCUCCAUGAAUCCUCUCUUCUACCCGUUCAUGGCGGAUGACGCUCUCCUCGGCAUGGCGCCGCCGCCGCCGCAGCAGCUGCUGCCGUCGGUUAGCAUCCAGCACAUGGACUGGAGCCCGGACACGAUGCUGGACAACCUCACCUUCAUCGAGGAGAAGAUCCGGCAGGUCAAGGACGUCAUCCGAUCCAUGGCCGGCCGCCGCGCCUCGUCGUCGUCGGCGGCGACGCCGGAGCAGCAGCUUGUCAACGCCGACCUGACAUGCCUCAUCGUCCAGCUCAUCUCCACCGCCGGCAGCCUCCUCCCGUCGCUCAAGAACUCCUCGUUCCUCAGCCGCACCACCCCGCCGCCCGCCGCCGCGGCCGGAGCCGCACAAGCGGUCAGCCUCGCCGCCGGCGAGAGCUCCAGCUCGGCUCGUAAUAACGAGACGAACAGGGAAGAUGAGGAGGAGCAGAUGGGUAGCCCCGACUACGACGAGCUCUUCAAGGUAUGGACUAACGGCGGCGCCAUGGACGAAUGCGUCGGCGCUGCCGGCGACGAGCAGGAUGCGAGGGAGAAUCCGGCGGCGGCGGCGGAGGAGGAGAAGUACGAGGUGCUGCAGCUGGAGGAGGACGAGAUCCUGGCGCCGCACACGCACUUCUGCGGCAUCUGCGGCAAGGGGUUCAAGCGCGACGCGAACCUGCGGAUGCACAUGCGCGGGCACGGCGACGAGUACAAGAGCGCGGCGGCGCUGGCGAAGCCGCCGCCGCCGCCGGAGGGGGAGGAGCAGCCGCCGCAGCCGGAGAGGAGGUACUCGUGCCCGCACGCCGGGUGCAAGCGGAACCGGAUGCACGCGAGCUUCCAGCCGCUGAAGACGAUCCUGUGCGUGAAGAACCACUACAAGCGGAGCCACUGCGAGAAGCGCCAUGUCUGCGGCCGCUGCGGCGCCAAGCGCUUCUCCGUCAUGGCCGACCUCAAGACCCACGAGAAGCACUGCGGCCGCGACCGCUGGCUCUGCUCCUGCGGCACCAGCUUCUCCCGCAAGGACAAGCUCUUCGCCCACGUCGCCCUCUUCCAGGGCCACGCCCCCGCUCUCCCCCCUCCCCCGCCGCCGCCGACGUCGGGUCGCCGCCGCCACAAGCAGGAGGAGCCGGAGUUCACGUGGGGCGGCGGCGGCGGCAAUGAGUUUCUUGACGUCAAAGGGAUCGCCGGCGUCGGGUCCGGCUCCGGUGGUGGGGAUGAGUUCUUCUCCGCGGGAAGCUUCGGCGCCAUGGAUUUCGGAUUCGGGCAGUUGGAUGCUUCGCUCGCGAUGCUGCUGCCAUCCGAGCAAUUCGCGGGUGAUCAUCAGGAGGAGAAUGGUGACAAGUGAAGGUGCACAUGAUGCGUAGCGAGUUGCAUAUGAUCAUAUAUAUAUAUAUAUAUAUAUAUAUAUGACGUAUGUAUUUCAUGGUGUAAUAGCAUUGUGUUAUCUAAAGUGGAAGAAGUUGUUCUUCCCAUCUUGUACCAUCUUAUAUGCACUUCUUUAUUAAGAUAGUUAUGCAGAUGAUGUUGCAAACAUUUCUGCAUUUGAUGAUUUUCUGCAAACUACGGGGAAAAAUAGUAUAAAAGGAUUUUGGUAGAGGAAUUGGGAAGGGAGAGGCAUAAAUUCGUACAA